AUGUUAUCGUCGAAAAUUUUUUUUGAUGAUACAUUGAUAUUAACAGCCUUAUUUUCUUAUACUUUCAUUGUUAUUGGAGCAUUUUUUAAUAGAAAUAGUUGUAUAAAGGCAAAUUUAUGGCUUGUUAUUGUCAUUAUUGGAGCUUUCAUACAUUUUUCUUAUCAAAUUAAUAUUUCAAUUAUUCAACUUCCAAAAGUUUUAUUUAAUAAAGUUUUUGAUGGGACUUAUAGAAGAACUCACUUACUUCUUUUAUGGUCUCACUCAAUGUUUCUAAACUUUGUUUUUUGUAAUCUUAUAUCUUCACAACAAUCUUCUUCAACAAUUCAUAGAAAAUUCUUUCAUUUAACUGGUUCUAUUAUAACUUUAUCUGGACUUUAUUUAGAUCCUGCUUUCACAAGACUUGCUUCAAUAUUAUCUAUUAUUAUUUACCUUAUUUUAGAGACAUAUCGUUCGCUAUCAAUAUAUCCAUAUAAAAAAUUAUUAAAUGGUAUAUUUUUAACAUUUUUAGAUGAUCAAGAUUCAAAAGAUUUAAUUUUAACACCAGUACUUUUAAUGAUAGGAUUAUUUUUACCAAUAAUUUUAUCACCAGUUUCUCCUGUGGGAGUAGGUGAUGCUGCUGCUGCAAUAAUAGGAACAAAAUAUGGUAAAAGAAAAUGGAAUAAAAUUUUACCAUUUAUUAAUAAUUCUUGUACAAGAAGAAAAAGUUUAGAAGGAUCUAUAGCUUUUGUUAUUGGAAGUAUUAUAACAUUGUACAUAUCUGAAUACAUGAUAUUAAAAAAUUAUCCUGAAGUAUGA